UUCAAAAUAAUAAAGUGAAAAGUUCGCAAAUUGUGAAAAACAAAAGCAAUUAAACGCAAUUAGACUAGACUAGACCCCGGCAAUUAGAGUAGCAACAAGAUGAAAUUUCGAUUUUGCGGGGAAGGCGAUUGCCCUGACUGGGUUCUGGCUGAGAUUAUAUCCACACUCUCCAAUCUGCCCAUUGAAAACUUGGAGCAACUCAGCGACCUAGUGGCCCAGCGAAUAUGUGGACAAUCAUUUGAGGAAUCCAAAAUUAAAGCCUUGACAUCCACGCUCACGAAUGAGGGUAAAACCGCCGUGGCCUGCAUUCAUUUUAUGCUAAUCAAUGCAGCUCGGUAUAGUUGUACAGAGAGUAUUUUUGGUGAGGAGAUCCAACAGCUGGGAUUGCCCAAGGAUCAUGCCGCUGCCAUGUGUCGAGUAUUGCAGAAGCAUACGGCCGCCAUACGCCAGACAUUGAUAGAUAAAGCUUUUAAAAUUAACGAACUGCAGAGCGUUCGCGAUAUAAGCUCGCCCGGCGAAACGCCACCAAAUUGUACCACCUUGGAACUUAAAAUCUCGCAAGAAUUAGUUGAUGGCCUGCCAAGGGACACAACUCAUAUCCUUAAUAUAGAUCGCACGCAAAUGAAAGCUCUGCUGGCAGAGUUAAAACUCGCGCGUGGUGUUAUGGAGAAAUAUCAAAAUAAUCAAGAUUCCUAGAAAUGUGCAAUUUAUGAAUAAAUUCAACGUGGUAU